GGUUUUCUGAUAGACAUAUUUUUAAUAAUUUAUCACCUUUUUGACACCUACGUCUCUGGUUUUUGUUGUUCAGUUGUUGCUUUAGACACUACUUAACAAAAUUAUAGUUUUUUAAAUUCAGUGAUUUCUCCAAAAUGUAAAGUUCAUUAACCAUUUUAGGUAGCUUGGGAUGUCUGAAAACAUAUUAUGGUGUGUAAAUGUUAAUUUAAGAAAAGCAGAGUACCAUUAAAUAGGAGAUAACCUAAAAAAUGAAUCCAAUUUACGAUUUUAUCCAAAGAAAUCGAGUACUAGCCAAAAUAGAGAAAGCACAUUCGACGAAAGCACCUAAUUUAGCGAUAGAUGAUUUUGAUUUAACGACUUUUCCUGAAAUACUGCUAAAUUGUCAUGAAUUACAUUCAUUAAAUAUCGGGCACAAUAAGAUUUCUGUAUUGCCAUUGGACUUGGGUAAUUUGAAGAAUAUUCAACAUUUAUCUUUAGAAUACAAUAGAAUUGAUAAAUUUCCAGAAGUUAUAAAGGAGUUGCAGCAUCUAAAAAGUUUGAAUUUGUGUAAUAAUCCUAUACAAGACUUAACAUGUGUGAUAGGAAGUUUAAAAUCAUUGGAAAUAUUAUGGUGCAACAACUGCUGUCUAACAUCUUUACCACCAGAAAUUGGAAACUUAAAAAAACUGGACACUUUCGGAGCUAGACAUAAUAAAAUCAACAAACUUCCUAACGAUAUAUGUAACUUAGAAAACCUUAAAUGGCUUACUCUUGAAGAUAAUAUUAUAUCCAUUAUACCUAAAGACUUUGAAAAAUUACAAAUGUUGGUACAUUUAAAUCUAAAUAAGAACAAUCUUAGUUAUAUUCCUAAUUGUUUUUCUCAAAUGAAAAAUCUGAAAUACCUGCAUAUGCAAAGUAAUGAACUAUUUACAAUUAAUGAAAUGAUGAUGGUCAAUAUUACACACGUUAAAAUUAAUUUAUUAAAAAAUCCAAUUUCUACCAGUAAUGAGUUGGACAAGUUGUUUCCAAAUAUAAUUUUACCAGGCAAAGAAAAUCAAGUUUUUGACGAAUUAUCAUCAGAUUCAGAUUCAUCUUCCGAUGAUUGGGAAAACAGUAUUGACAGUUCAGAUUUGAAUUAUUCUGCAACUGAAUCAGAAAGUGAUGAUGAAGAGUGUUUAAUUGAAAUACCCAAAUUAUCCAAAUAUCUUGUUACUUUUUAACUAACCAAUAAUUAUUUAUUUUACAAGUAGAUAACUAAAAAUUGUAAAGCUAUAGAGUUUAUUUUUAUGAAAUGUAUAUCCAAUCAUGUAGGGGUUUCAGG